AUUUGAAAACACAAUUUCCCUAACAUAUACAAAGGUGGGGUGUGCUUCACGCUACACUAUUGGUGCAUUUCUUCUGGACUUCAUCACCUUUUCUUUCCUUUUUAUUUCCGUUUUAUCGCUGUGCGGCGCUGCCAUUUUCAGCCAUUUUGGUUUAUGUGUUGGCGUAUUACAAAAGUGAAUGCUGGAUUUUCGUCAGGACAGGUUUCAAAUCUCUUGUUACACAGUGUUGUGUAGUUCUAAAGAAAGGAGUGCCGUGUCAUCCAUUGUGUUGUCCGUUAAUUGGUGUGUGCAGUGCGUAUGAUCGCCUCUGGAAGGGACAAAAUAACAGUUAGGAUACAUAAUAUGAAAAGAAGUAGUGAUAGGGACACACCUCCACGUAGCAAAAGGUCACGAUCAAGCAUGGGAAGAUACGACGAUAGUUCCGACGAGAGAAUAACGCCCGAUCGCAUCCGGCGUCGAGGUAGCCGCGCGCGUUCUCCUAGCCCACGGGCCCGGUACGUUUCUCCUCAUCGUGACGAAUACUUGCGACCUCCGGAACGGUCUUAUCCGUAUAAAGUUCUAUGCGUUAGUGCCCUUCAUCCCAAAGCUAGUGAUGAAGUUAUUAAAGACACACUCUAUAGGGAAUACAAAAAAUAUGGUGACCUGAGCAUCAGACUCAGUCACGACCUUGAUGAACGUGUUGCCUAUGUUUGUUUCCGUAAUCCAGAGGAUGCGAGAGAUGCCAAACAUGGUAAACCUCGUAUUAUUAUUUAUGACAAGGUAGCUCUAGUCGAGGCUGUCUAUGAAGUUCCUCGUUCAAACGACGUUUAUCGUAGUAGACCGCGUUCUAUUAGCCCCGAUUAUGACAGGCACUAUGCUUAUGCCAGAUCACCUGAUCGUUUGCGCACUGUUGACCGUUAUGAACGAGCUUACGGCCCUCCUGCUGGGGUACCAGUACAUCGAGAGUAUAGACGUGAAGCUUUGCCAGCUCCACAUCACGAAUACCUUGCCAGACCUCCUAUACAUCAUGGCCCACCUCACAUGCCCCCUACUCACGGUUAUGGCCCGCCUAGACAUACAGUUCCACGCCCACCUUUCGAAAAACAAGAGAACAAAAAAGACAAAUUUCCUAAUUAUUUACAUCACAUUCAGCCAGAGGAUGACCCUCUUGCUACCAGAACAUUGUUUGCAGGUAACUUAGAAAUAAAUAUUACUGAAGAGGAACUGAGAAGAAUCUUUGGAAGGUAUGGUGUAGUAGAAGACAUUGAUAUAAAAAGACCUCCUCCAGGUACAGGUAACGCAUUUGCUUUCGUACGUUUUAACACACUAGAUAUGGCUCAUAGAGCAAAAGUAGAACUUUCUGGUCAAUAUAUUGGAAAAUUCCAGUGUAAGAUUGGGUAUGGUAAAGCAACACCAACUACUAGAAUUUGGGUAGGUGGUCUUGGACCUUGGACUUCUAUACCACAGCUUGAAAGAGAGUUUGAUCGAUUUGGCGCUAUAAAGAAGAUAGAUUAUGUAAAAGGUGAUAAUCAAGCGCUAAUUUUAUAUGACAGCAUAGAUGCUGCACAAGCUGCUGUGAAAGAGAUGCGUGGUUUUCCAUUAGGUGGGCCUGAACGUAGAUUGAGAACAGAUUUUGCAGAUGUUACACCAGGUGUACCAUACCGACCUAAACCUCCUUAUGCCGCAGGAAUAGAUGAUUACAGACGAGACAUUGAUUAUGAUUAUGACUAUGAAGGAGGAGAAGGUAGUAGCGCAUAUCGAGGUUAUAGAGGUAGACAGCCUUAUCUUGAAAGAAGAGCAGGUAGUAGAGGUCCUUAUCGAUAUCCCGAAGGUGUGACAGAAGAUGAAUGGGGUCGUACACGAGAUGCUGAGUACGAUCGAAGACGAUCUGGUUCUCGAGGUCUUGAUAGGUCAAGAUCCCGCUCUCCUAGAAGAUCACCAGACUCUGACUCUGACAGUGGUUCUCGUAGAGCUGGUUUGUUGGCUUCAAGCCGUACUUUACCAGAAGUUGCCAGAAAAUGCACCACAAUUUGGCAAGGUGCUCUAAUUCUUAAAAAUUCACUAUUUCCUGCAAAAUUCCACUUGAUCGAUGGUGACACCGAUAUUGUCGAUGGUUUGAUGAAAGAUGAGGAUGGUAAACAUCAAUUGCGGAUUACACAAAGACUUAGACUGGAUCAACCUAAAUUAGAAGAUGUGCAGAAACGUAUAUCUAGUGCCAGUUCACAUGCUAUAUUUUUAGGAUUGGCCGGUUCUACGGCGUCUGUUACAAAUGAUGACACAACAGUUCAGACAAGACCACUUCGUAAUCUAGUGUCAUAUCUUAAACAGAAGGAAGCUGCUGGAGUUAUUUCCUUAUUAAAUAAGGAAACUGAAGCAACGGGAGUGCUUUAUUCAUUUCCCCCUUGUCCCUUCUCUACUGAACUCCUAAAACGCACUUGCCCUAACCUUUCGGAUGAAGCAAUAAAAGAAGACCAUUUAGUUAUUGUAGUGGUACGUGGUGGUACUGCUUAAAUAUCAUUUUACAUGUACACCUUUUAUGACCCAUAUUUACACAAAUUGUUAAUUUCAAAAGUAUAGUCACAACAUGCUAUCGGAUAUCACACGUUUGCUGGUAAAUGAACAUAAUUUAUACGUAUAUAUAGUCAUCAUGAAUUUAUAUGAAUACCUAUAUUAAUCUCUUAGAUGAAAUUCUACUUAAUUUUUAUUUAUUGUUAAGCAAAAUUAUAUAGAUGCAAAUUUAAUAAGUUAAAAAUAUAAAAAAAAAAUAUUUUCUUUAAUAAUACAACCAACAUACACACUGGGCAUAAAGAGAGCAAGAAUUUAAAAUUUAGGUAAAUUAAAGACUAACAUGUAAAAAAUUAUUUUCUAAAUGAGUAAUUCUUGCAUUACUCAUAGUUAAAUAAAAAUUCUGUUCAUUAUACCACAAAAUAUUGCUUGGGAAUUGUGCUUUUUGUAUAUUGUGACUGUACUGCCUCUUGAGGCAUAUUGCAAGUUUACAUAUUUUUACUCAUUUACACUUUUUAUAUUAUAUCCCCUUUUAUUUUUUCCCAUAGAGGCAAUUGUUUUGUUGUAGUAGUUGAUCAUGCCGAGUCUAACAGCAUUUUAUUUCAGGAAAUUGGAGAUCAACGAUAGGUAGAGUUUAGACCAGUUACUUUGUGUAUAUUGACCAAUGUAUCUUUGUUAAAGUGUUAACACAUUAUUUUUACGAAGAGUUACUGUAAAACGUGCAGUGGAAUCAUAGUUUAAGUGAUUGCAGUUCUUUCUCAUUAUAAUUUUUCAUGCAUUUGUGUACUAAGUUUCUGUAAGGAUUUAUCUGAGACUAUGUGAAAGGACUGUACCUUGUUCAUUCAUUAAACAGCAGUGUAAACGUAGUGUACUAGUGUAGUUGAUAAUUCAGGCAACCCUGUACUGUUUCAAAAUCUUAACUGGCCUUGUGAUUAGUGUAAGAGUUAUCGGUGACUUUAUUUUUAUAAAUGCUGUGGCCAGAAAUAUUUGUAUUUUACCCUGGUAUUGUAAAAUAUAAUUAUUUGCCAUGCAAUCCAUGUAGUGUUGUGAAAUAGAUAAGUUCUUUCAGAAAGAUGUGUUAUUCUUCAGUUAACCUGGUGGGUGUUGUGAUUCGAAAAUCUUUGUUCGGGGUAACUAAAAACAACAAAGUAGUUCUUGUGAGUGACCAGAUCCUUCCACAGCACUAAAGUUAGUAGUUAACAAAGUUUCCACUUGUGGCCUAAUAAUCUUGUGAAAGUCAAAAUACAAAUCAAAAUUUUAAUGAAAACGUGUUAAUGUAUGUGAUGACUACAUCAAAUUUCAAUAAACCGUAAUUGUGUAAGAAAAUAUUAUGAAUAUUAAGUAGUGUUCAAAAAAAAGUGCUAGGUUUUAAAUUUGAUUUUGAAAAAUUUGUGCCUGUGGAUUUUUAGCUUCCUUACUGAGGACAUAACAGGUCUGUAAACUACUGUUAAAAAAAUUUAAAUUUAACCAUUUUUAAAAUAAAUUACAAAUACGUUUUUAUCAUAA